AUGGUUGACUCUCCCAAGGAGGGGAAAUGGGCCAGGGCUCCGGACUUCACUCAGCUGACCGACAUGGCGUCUGAGUCCGUGGGAGGACAGAUUUUAUUUGCGACAGAUGACUUUUUUGCUCCUGCAGAAAACCUCAUCAAGAGUGACAGCCCAAGCUUUAAAGAACAUGAAUAUACCGAGUUUGGGAAAUGGAUGGAUGGAUGGGAGACCAGAAGGAAAAGGAUUCCAGGUCACGACUGGUGCAUCAUCAGGCUGGGAGUGCAAGGAAUUAUCCGGGGCUUCGACGUGGACAUUUCUUACUUCACGGGAGAUUACGCUCCUCAAAUGUCAAUUCAAGCAGCGUGCUUCGAAGAAGAUAAACAACCAGAAAUCCCAGCAAGAGGAAUCAGGAUGGGAGCUGCAGCCAGCCCUGAGGAGUUUGAAGCUAUUGCUGAGUUAAAGUCCGACGAUUGGGAUUACUUGGUUCCCAUGACAGAGCUUAAACCAGGAAGGCCUGCUUCCAGCCACAAUUAUUUUCCUGUCAAUUCCCAGCAAAGAUGGACUCACAUAAGACUCAACAUUUUCCCAGAUGGUGGAAUUGCACGUCUUAGGGUAUAUGGUACUGGACAAAAAGACUGGACUGCGAGUGACUCCAAAGAACCAUCAGACCUAGUGACCAUUGCUUAUGGAGGUGUCUGUGUAGGAUUUAGCAACACACAUUUUGGGCAUCCAAACAAUAUGAUAGGCGUUGGCCCGGCGAAGUCUAUGGCAGAUGGAUGGGAAACGGCAAGAAGGCUGGACAGGCCACCGAUAUUGGAGAAUGAUGAGAAUGGCAUUCUCCUUGUUCCAGGUUGUGAAUGGGCAGUUUUCCGACUGGCGCAUCCUGGAGUAAUAACUCAAAUUGAAAUCGAUACCAAAUAUUUUAAAGGCAAUUAUCCUGACAGCUGUAAGCUGGAUGGGUGUAUCCUGACGACUCUGGAGGAAGAAGACAUGAUCAGGCAAAAGUGGGAUCUUCCAGGCCACAAGUGGAAGCCACUGCUUCCAGUCACAAAGCUAUCUCCAAACAAAAGUCACUUGUUUGACAGCCUGACCCUGGAGCUCCAGGACGUCAUCACUCACGUGCGGUUCACCAUCUCUCCGGACGGGGGCGUGAGCCGCCUCCGCCUCAAGGGCUUCCCCAGCUCCAUCUGCCUCCUGCGGCCCAGGGAGAAGCCCAUGAUGAGGUUCUCGGUUAAGGCGGGGUUCAGGGCGAAACUUUAA